UCCUCUCGGAUAUGACGCGGCGGUGUUCCCCUCUGCAGCAGAUCGGAUGCCAGGAGCUACCCGGAAUCGAGUCGCGGGAUCCGAGACAGGCUGCCCCCAGCGACCCGUGAAUCUUCACAGCAGCAUCGAUAGCAGAUGAGUGUGCGGGGAGCUGUGCUGCUGAGUUCCUAGACCCUCUGACAGAGGCUACUGGGAGUUGUUUUCCUGGCCUGGCCCUUGUGUGCGAAGGAGGAGAGGAGAGGGAACUAUUAGCAGCGGCUGUUGGCGGCACGCCUAUUAUGUCAGUGGACAUGAACAGCCAGGGCUCCGAGAGUAACGAGGACUUCGAUGGCAAUUCUGAGGAGGAGGAGGAGGAGGACCCGGGGGACAUCGCGGAUUAUUACGAGGGCGUCGCAGGAGACAUGGAGCAGCAGGGGGCUGAUGCCUUCGACCCCGAGGAGUACCUGUUCACCUGCCUCACCUACCGGGAGAGCCAGAGAGUGCUGAGUGAGCAGGUGAACAGCAUGGCCUCCGCACUCAAGGUCCUGCCUUCAGUAGCUAAACUGGUCCUAGUGCAUUUCCACUGGCAGCUGACUGAUAUCCUGGAGAGGCACAAGUCCAAUUCCACACAGCUGCUGCUGGAUGCACAGGUGCAGGCCGCCCCCUGUAACCCUGCGCCCCCUCACUCCUCUCUGCACUGCGGAGUCUGCCUGCAGCUCGUCAGGAAGGAGAGCCUGCUCUCCCUGCCCUGCCAGCACCCCUUCUGCAAGAGCUGCUGGGAGCAGCACUCCACUGUGCUGGUCAAGGAUGGGGUGGGAGUCGGAAUCUCCUGCAUGGCUCGGGGGUGCCCGCUGCGCAUGCCAGAGGACUUCGUGCUCCCGCUGCUGCCGAGCGAAGAGCUGAGAGAGAAAUACCGGCGCUACCUCUUCAGGGACUCCGUGGAGAGUCACUACCAGCUGCAGCUGUGUCCGGGAGCAGACUGCCCCAUCGUGAUCCAGGUGCAGGAGCCACGGGCUCGCAGAGUGCAGUGCAGCCGCUGCAGUGAGGUCUUCUGCUUCAAGUGUCGUCAGAUGUACCACGCCCCCACGGACUGUGCAACCAUCAGGAAGUGGCUGACGAAAUGUGCUGACGACUCGGAGACCGCCAACUACAUCAGCGCACACACUAAAGACUGCCCCAAAUGCAAUAUCUGCAUUGAGAAGAAUGGCGGCUGCAAUCACAUGCAAUGCUCCAAAUGCAAACACGAUUUCUGCUGGAUGUGCCUGGGCGACUGGACUCACGGCAGCGAGUAUUACGAAUGCAGCCGCUACAAAGAGAACCCUGACAUUGUGAACCAGAGCCAGCAGGCGCAGGCCCGCGAGGCGCUCAAGAAAUACCUCUUCUACUUCGAGAGGUGGGAAAAUCACCCAGCCCAGCUGGAGGCGGAGAUUGAGAAUCUGUCCUGGAAGGUGGAGCGAGCCGACAGCUAUGAGCGCGGAGUGAGCCUCACCGAGGGGGAGCUGUCCAGCUACGACAGGGGGGAUUUAGAAAAUCAGAUGCACAUCGCAGAGCAGAGGAGACGGACGCUGCUGAAAGACUUCCACGACACCUGAGCCCAGAGCGAGCGAGAGGGACAGACAGACAGACAGACAGACACAGAGGUCUUGUGACACAGCGCCCAGACAGCACGCCAGGCUGCAGGACACACACCUCCUCUUCAUCCCUCUUUCUCAUUUUUCACUUUCUAGAUACCUGACUUCUGUGUGCCUCCCAUCACUGCAGUAAACUGCAUUAUUCAAGCAGCACUACUGCCGUUUUAGUUUUGUUAGUUUUUUUGGUUUUUUUGCUCCGUUCCAAUAGGUUAUAGUUCAUUUUAUUUAUU